GAGAGCAAAAGCAAAAAAGAAAGGAGGUGCCCUCGGUGAGUAAAUCGAACGCUGUGAAAAAAAUUUCACCCAGAGUUUGUGUACAACCCUACAAAGUGCCACGCCAACCUAAGAUGUCGGCGGUUGACGACGGUCGGAACGGUCUGGCCGGUUUAACUCUCGACGCCAUCUUGGGAAACGCCAAGCGCCCUGAACCACCGCCAACUCAGAACCGUACGCUUCUGGAUAUCAUUCGGGAGGAUGGGCCCACCAAAGACAAGAAGAGUUGGAAAACGUUUCGGGACAAGCUCCGCCUCAAGCGAGCGGGCGCUGCUUGGACCUCCUCGGUUCAUAUCCCGGCUUCUGAUGUUAACGUUCAUGGUAACAGAUCGCACUUGUCGCGCCGCGCUUCUUUCGCUUCUAACUCCGCUGACUCCACCCGUGUUGAGGAUGGAGGUGAACGUGCCCCGGUUUCUGACCCUACGGUUGUGAAUUCUCGGUUACAAUUGGCGCGAAGGAGUUCGGUUCGGUUCGGAAACAAUCUGUUUCAGACCGAUCACGAUGAUUCGACCGAUGUCAGCAUGCCCAGCGAUGCUCCACCGUCGAGAAGCUUCAGGCCGCAAAUUGCCCGCCAUUGUUCGACCCGUUUUCCUUCCUCGAACGCUGCCUCGUACGACGAUGACAACAGUAGCGACGAUAACUCUCCGGAGGCGCGUGAUGGAACGCAUCGGCUGGGAGCGGCAUUGGCGGAGGAGAGGGCAUUGUCUGCAAGAGAAGCGGUGGCUGCACAGGAAGCAGCGGAAGCGGCUGCCGCAGCUGCAGCCGCGGAACAAGCAGCGGCAGAAAACGAGGUGCCCGCUGUUGCUGCUGAGGAGCCGGUGAGGAUGUCAUUGAUGGAUUUGUUGGAGGAAACGGGAUCGAGAUACACGAUGGGCGAGGACGACGACGAUUACGAUGAGGAAGAGGAGGACGACGAGGAGGAAGUAGCGGAAGCGAGCGGUGGGAUCGAGUACACGUGUUGCGUGUGCAUGGUUAGGCAUAAAGGUGCGGCGUUUAUUCCAUGCGGGCAUACGUUUUGUCGGCUUUGUUCAAGGGAGCUUUGGGUUCAGCGAGGGAACUGCCCGCUGUGCAAUGGCUUCAUCUUGGAAAUUCUUGAUAUCUUUUGAUUAUUUGAUAUUUGUGUUUUAAUUCUUUCUUUUCCCAAUCUCUGAUUGUGGAGAAAUUGUGUAAACGAUAGUUCAUCCUCUUCUUUGGUUGGUUUUUGUUUAAUUUUUGAGAUGGUAAAUCUGCCAAGAGUUGUCGCUUCUGAGAUUGCAAUGAAUGGUUAACAUUGUUAAUUGGUUGAUU